UUGAAAUGCUAACAUAACUUUUUAUUUCCGCCUCCUCUAGACUGAGAGUUAACAUUAACGGCCUGGAAAAUGCAUAUAUAUAUGUAUAAGCGGUGUGCAAAAUUGAAGCUUCCAUCAGUUAUAUAGUGUCCAAUUCUACCUUGACCUUUUCUUGGAAUCUUGUUAUAUUUUACAGUUCUUAACUUCCUUUCGCUUUCUACCAUGAAACUCGUUAUCUUGGCUGUUUUGUUGGCUGUCGCUGCUACGAGCGUAGUCGGUGGACAUAACCGAAGGCAUCCAGAGUGCUGCAGCAAAUGGAAACGCUACAUUGUCCCGAUUUCCCCGUCGGUGGCACCAACCAAACCCACCACCAAGCCGUGGCAGUACGCCGUCCGCGUGGGUCAGAGCCUGUUCAUGACCUCGGUGCGCGCCUUCACUUCCUUCGCCAACCGCACCAUCAUCAGUCCGGGCGGCACCUACAACGAAGCCAUCCAGGUGAUGAGCUUGACGGAGCAGAUCCUCAACGAAGCCGGCUGCACCUGGAACGACGUGCACGAUGUAGUGGCGCUCAUCACCGCCGGCCCCACCGACUACCCCGUCAUCGACACCGCCAUGAACGACUUCUGCGCCACCCACGGCUGCUCCGGGUUCCCUUGGACUGGCCAUCUGCGCACUUCUCCAUCCUUCAGUGGUGGCGCCACCGUUGAAUUCACCGUCCAGGCCAGCAACUGCGACUGGACCGGAGAGGAUAACGAGUGCUCUUGCGAAUAAUAAUUCAAAUCGCUAGUUUCUUGCUGGGUGUGAGCUGCAUAAUCUCCAUCUCUGACACUCACUUUAUGGGUGCAUGCUUGCUAGUCAGUAGUCCUUAUUCGCUUAUAUUGAACUUUCUUGCUUAAAAUGAGUGGUAAGUUAUUGUCACUGUGAAAGCACUACCAAAUGAACCGAUUUCGCGAA